AUGAGCACCGAGCAAGCGGAUUCUGCGGCAUCUGCCGUGGCUGCCCCGCCAAACCAGCCCAGACAGCUACCUUUUCCGCCUGUUACAAAACAGCAUAUCUUGAAUUGCUCAUAUCACAACUGGCAUCCAAAAUAUCGAGUUAUCACACCGAAAGCGCGUCUUAUACCUCUGCCCAGCGCGUUCCUAGAGUAUCUACGAGCGGAUGGUAUUGUACUUCCACCCGAAGACAACGACAAUCCCGAAUGGUCCGAUGCCGACAGCGGCAUAUUCUCAGGCGCCGAUAAUGACGGCGACGACGACGGCCCGAACCAAGACCCAUCGACACAUUGGAGGGAGACUCAUGAGGCCGUAGAAGCUGUGAUCGAGGAGCUGGGCGGCAAGGUGGCUCCGAAGCUGAAUUGGUCUGCACCCAAAGAUGCGACCUGGAUUGCAGCAACCAAUAACAUGGAGUGCCGGACACCAAACGAUAUCUACCUGCUGCUCAAAUCGAGCGACUUUGUCACACACGACCUCGAGCACGCUUUCGACGACACUGCAGAUGGCGACGUGGCUAUGGAAGGCGAUGCGACCAUUCCCUACCACUUGGUCCUGCGGAAAUGGAUCGUCCUCAAUCCAUCCGUUGAGUUUCGGUGUUUCGUGCGCAACCGGAAGUUGAUCGCCAUAUGCCAGCGAGAUUUGAACCACUUCGACUUUCUAUUCAAGAUGCAGGACAAACUACGACAGACUAUCCAAGAGUUCUUCGAUGUGAGACUACGCGACACUUUCCCGGAUCCCAACUUCACAUUCGAUGUUUACAUACCGCCGCCACACGACCGCGUGUGGCUGGUGGACUUCAACCCGUGGGCUCUGCGGACAGAUCCGCUCCUUUUCAGCUGGAUGGAGCUGCUGAAUUUGGCAGAGCCGCUGCCUUCUGAUGCCCAAGACACUUCCCAGAACGAUCCGGAAGAUGGCGAAGAUGGCGAAGAAGACGACGUGAUCGACUUGUGGCAGCCUGAGUUCCGCCUGAUUCGCAGAGAUGACCCUGAAGCAUAUGGCUUCUCGACCCCGCAGUACAGCGCUCAUAAACUGCCCAGAGACGUGGUGGACGCAAGUCGAGGAGGAGAGGGCAUGAUGCGGGAGUUUGCAGAUCAGUGGAAGGAGGCUCAGAGGCUUGCAGAACAGCAGGCAAAUGAGGACAGCGAGGAUGACUAG